GCAAAUAUGAGUUAAUCGGGUUUCAUGUUAUUAUCAUGUGCCUUGGAAUGCAGUCUGACCACUCAUGUGCAAAUGUCUCAAUGUCCUCGGAAUCUCUGCCAUGUAAAACCUCUUCGACCGCAGGAAUCAUCGUAUUCCCCAUUUUAUAUGGAUUCCCCUCUGGGGCUGUUGUGUUCAUGUCAUUAGCCUGCUUCGCCCAGGUUCCUCGAGAUCCCCGCGAUAUUGGGUCGCACAUCCCGAUUGGGCAUGCUCUGCGUUGCCUUUGGUGCCUUGAUUAUUGCCACUCCAAUCAGUGGCGUGUUGAUGUCCCGUUAUGGGAGGUUCUGGUAGGCGUCCGUGUUUAGCAGCGUAGUGAUCGUGUCAUAGGUGAUGUCAUUUAUAUAACAGUUUAAACCUCACCAUGACGUCACCCGUCUGAUGAAGAUGCUCUUUCUACGCGACUGGAAUUUCCA